GAUCCAUUUUAUAAGCUCAAAGAUAAUUAUUUUUCAGACUAAGAAUAUUAGGAGAAGAAGUACUUUCAACAUCUCUACUGAGGAUCUUAUGAUGUAGCACAGGGUAUAAGCUGAAGCUAAAGGAAACUUUCCUUGAAGCCCUAUUUACUAAAAAUUGGAACACAUUCCUUAGGAAAAAUCAAAGUAUGGCACGCAACAUCCAAACUUCCAUCAUAGAUACAGAGUUGUUACUAUCUCCCACUUCCAAAUUUGUUUGUCACAUUGAGGAUUACUCAAGAGGAGCAGGACACAUUGGUUGCAGCAGGAGAAACUUGAAAGCACUCACUUUUAUGGAAUUCAUAAGGGAGAGAAUCUCUUAAAGUAUUUACAAUCAUUUUUGAUACAUUUAUUAUUUUAAAACAUAAUGUAGCCAAACGUCAUCCACUGUAUUAAAUCUUUACAAAACUGAAAUCCUAAAAUGGUGAUAAAAAUUCUACUUCUGAUAGAAUCUAUUCGUUUUUCCAAUAAGAUAGGGCAUAAUUCUUAAUUUGCAGAACAAAAUAUAAUAUGCUUAUGAGAUUCCAUCCCAAAGAACCUGCUAUUCAGAGUAGCAUUCAGAAUAACGGGUGGAAAAGCCAACUCCAGAGUUUCAGAUCCUACCCAUAAUUGGGGUAGGGAGGGGCUUUGGGCGGGGCCUCUCUAGAGAAGGAGGCGUUGUUAGAAAGCUGUCCGGCCAGUCCAAAGCUGUCACUAAUCGGAGUAAGCCUUGGAUUUGUGCAAGGAUUCUGGCGUCUGGGUAGCACUCUCAAUGAGAACUAGCUUCACUUGUCAUUUGAGUAAAAUCUGCAACCGGAGGAGGCUAGAGCUCCUGCACUGCUGAGAACUGAGACCUUCAAAAAUGACUGUCACCCGCUGUAGGGAGCCAGCAAAAGCACGACCUUUCCUGAGAGAGGUUCGACUAGCCCCAGGGUUUUAGUGAGAAGUGCAAUGGAACUCAGCGAGGGAUUGAGAACUUCACAGCAUGCGCGAGUUUGAUGCCAGAGAAAAAGUCGGGAGAUAAGGAGUUGCGUGUCCCUCAAUUGCCGUCGCAGCCACAGCCACUCAAGUGCCGGACUUGUGAGUACUCUGCGUCUCCAGUCCUCGGACAGAAGCCGGAGAACUCUCAUGGAGAACUCUCCCAGUUAAGAGUCAAGAUCCCUACAGUAACUACUGUUUCUUGCUCUCCCCACUUGCUGCUCUCUGGGACAAACGACUGCUACCCUUCCCCUAACGACAGGAUGGAAGCCAAGGGCAGGAGCUGACCAGCGCCGCCCUCUUCCACCCCCGACCCAGGAGGUGGAGAUCUCUUUGGUCCAGCCACAUUCAACACCCACUUUCCCCUCCCUCUCCCCCUAUAUUCCCCAAACCCCCUCCUUCUUCCCUUUUCCCUCCUCCCUGGAGACGGGGGAGGAGAAAAGGGGAAUCCAGGUCGUCAUGACUGAGCUGAAGGCAAAGGGUCCCCGGACUCCCCACGUAGCGGGCAGCCCGUCCUCCCCCAAAGUCGGGUCCCCACUGCCGUGUCGCCAAGCCGCAGGCCCGUUCCCAGGGAGCCAGACCUCGGACACGUUGCCUGAAAUUUCUGCCCUACCUAUCUCCCUGGACGGGCUACUCUUCCCUCGGAUCGGCCAGGGACAGGACCCUCCCGACGAAAAGACGCAGGACCAGCAGUCCCUGUCGGACGUGGAGGGUGCAUAUUCCAGAGUUGAAGCUACAAGGGGUGCUGGAGGCAGCAGUUCUAGACCCCCAGAAAAGGACAGCGGACUGCUGGACAGUGUCUUGGACACUCUGUGGGCGCCCUCAGGCCCGGGGCAGAGCCAACCCAGCCCUCCUGCCUGCGAGGUCACCAGCUCUUGGUGCCUGUUUGGCCCCGAACUUCCCGAAGAUCCACCGGCAGCCCCCGCCACCCAAAGGGUAUUGUCCCCGCUCAUGAGCCGGUCCGGGGGCAAGGCUGGAGACAGCUCCGGGAUGGCAGCUUCCCAUAAGGUGCUGCCCCGGGGCCUGUCACCCUCCCGGCAGCUGCUGCUCCCGACCUCUGGGAGCCCUCAUUGGUCCGGGGCCCCAGUGAAGCCGUCUCCGCAGCCCGCUGCGGUGGAGGUUGAGGAGGAGGAUGGCUCCGAGUCCGAGGACUCUGCGGGUCUGCUUCUGAAGGGCAAACCUCGGGCUCUGGGUGGUGCAGCGGCUGGCGGAGGAGCCCAGGCUGUCCCGCCGGGGGCGGCUGCAGGAGGCAUCGCCCUGGUCCCCAAGGAAGAUUCCCGCUUCUCAGCGCCCAGGGUCGCCCUGGUGGAGCAGGACGCGCCCAUGGCGCCCGGGCGCUCCCCGCUGGCCACCACGGUCACGGAUUUCAUCCACGUGCCCAUCUUGCCUCUCAGUCACGCCUUAUUGGCCGCUCGCACUCGGCAGCUGCUGGAGGACGAGAGCUACGACGGCGGGGCCGGGGCCGCCAGCGCCUUUGCCCCGCCGCGGAGCUCACCCUCCGCCUCGUCCACCCCGGUCCCCGGCGGCGACUUCCCCGACUGCGCGUACGCUCCCGACGCCGAGCCCAAGGACGACGCGUACCCUCUCUAUGGCGACUUCCAGCCGCCCGCCCUGAAGAUCAAGGAGGAAGAGGAAGGCGCGGAGGCCUCCACGCGCUCCCCGCGUUCCUACCUGGUGGCGGGUGCCAGCCCCGCCGCCUUCUCGGAUUUCCCGCUGGGGCCACCGCCCCCACUGCCUCCACGAGCGCCCCCAUCCAGACCCGGGGAAGCGGCGGUGACCGCCGCACCCGCGAGUGCCUCAGUUUCGUCCGCGUCCUCGUCGGGGUCGACCCUGGAGUGCAUCCUGUACAAAGCGGAGGGCGCGCCGCCCCAGCAGGGCCCGUUCGCGCCGCCGCCCUGCAAGGCACCGGGCGCGGGGGGCUGCCUGCUCCCGCGGGACAGCCUGCCCUCCACCUCCGCCUCCGCCGCCGCCACCGCCGCCGGGGCAGCCCCCGCGCUCUACCCUGCCCUCGGCCUUAACGGACUCCCGCAGCUCGGCUACCAGGCCGCUGUGAUCAAUGAGGGUCUGCCACAGGUCUACCCGCCCUAUCUCAACUACCUGAGGCCAGAUUCAGAAGCCAGCCAGAGCCCACAAUACAGCUUCGAGUCAUUACCUCAGAAGAUUUGUUUAAUCUGUGGGGAUGAAGCAUCAGGCUGUCAUUAUGGUGUCCUUACCUGUGGGAGCUGUAAGGUCUUCUUUAAAAGGGCAAUGGAAGGGCAGCAUAACUACUUAUGUGCUGGAAGAAAUGACUGCAUUGUUGAUAAAAUCCGCAGAAAAAACUGCCCUGCAUGUCGCCUUAGAAAGUGCUGUCAGGCUGGCAUGGUUCUUGGAGGUCGAAAAUUUAAAAAAUUCAAUAAAGUCAGAGUUAUGAGAGCACUAGAUGCUGUUGCUCUCCCACAGCCAGUGGGCAUUCCAAAUGAAAACCAAGCCCUAAGCCAGAGAUUCACUUUUUCACCAAGUCAAGACAUACAGUUGAUUCCACCACUGAUCAACCUGUUACUGAGCAUUGAACCAGAUGUGAUCUACGCAGGGCAUGACAACACAAAACCUGACACCUCCAGUUCUUUGCUGACGAGUCUUAAUCAACUAGGCGAGAGGCAACUUCUUUCAGUAGUCAAGUGGUCUAAAUCACUGCCAGGUUUUCGAAAUUUGCAUAUUGAUGACCAGAUAACUCUCAUUCAGUAUUCUUGGAUGAGCUUAAUGGUGUUUGGUCUAGGAUGGAGAUCCUACAAACACGUCAGUGGGCAGAUGCUGUAUUUUGCACCUGAUCUAAUACUAAAUGAACAGCGGAUGAAAGAAUCAUCAUUCUAUUCAUUAUGCCUUACCAUGUGGCAGAUCCCACAGGAGUUUGUCAAGCUUCAAGUUAGCCAAGAAGAGUUCCUCUGUAUGAAAGUAUUGUUACUUCUUAAUACAAUUCCUUUGGAAGGACUAAGAAGUCAAAGCCAGUUUGAGGAGAUGAGAUCAAGCUACAUUAGAGAGCUCAUCAAGGCAAUUGGUUUGAGGCAAAAAGGAGUUGUGUCUAGCUCACAGCGUUUCUAUCAACUUACAAAACUUCUUGAUAACUUGCAUGAUCUUGUCAAGCAACUUCAUCUGUACUGCUUGAAUACAUUUAUCCAGUCCCGGGCACUGAGUGUUGAAUUUCCAGAAAUGAUGUCUGAAGUUAUUGCUGCACAGUUACCCAAGAUCUUAGCAGGGAUGGUGAAACCCCUUCUCUUUCAUAAAAAAUGAAUGUCAGCUUUAUCUUUUAAAGAAUUAAAUUUUGUGGUAUAUCUUUUUGUUUUGGUCAGGAUUAUGAGGUCUUGAGUUUUUAUAAUGUUCUUCUGAAAGCCUUACAUUUAUAACAUAUCAUAGUGUGUAAAUUUAAGAGAAAAAUUGUGGGGUUCUAAUUGUUUUCCUUUAUAAAGUAUAAUUAGAAUGUUGUUUGUAACUGUUUUGUGUACCCAUAUUUUCUUGAAGAAUUUACAAGACUGAAAAAGUACUAAAAUUGAUUGUUAAAGUAAACUAUAUCUUAUCCAUAUUAUUUCAUACCAUGCAGGUGAGGAUUUUUAACUUUUGCAUCUAACAAGUCAUCUACUUAAGAGAAAAAAUCUAACCUGUAAUAAGACAAAGUUAUUAUAUAAGUUAUUUCUAAGUAAUUCCUUUUGUCUCAAUUAUAUUUCCAAAAAAGUGAACCUUUAAAAUGGUAUGCAAAAUUUUGUCUACAUAUUUGUGUGAGAAGGAAAUUCAUAACCUUCAUCAGAUUUUCAAGUCUUUUCAAUGCAAAAAAAAGAGAGAAAGAGUUGAAAACAGCUAAAACAUAUUGAUGUUCUUCAAACUAGGCCAAACAACUCAUAUGUUAAGACAAUUUCCAGAUAGGAAACACAAAUCCCUUAGGAAGUUAAUAAGUAGAUUUAUAUUAUUAUGCAAAUAGUAUUGUAAGUUUUGUAAGUUUUUAAAAUAACCUUCUUUGGGGAAGGGAAUUGUCCUCUAAUGAGAUAUUACCAGCGGAAAUAAGAAGUCAGAAGAUAUUAUGGCCUAACUGUACUUCUUACCACCUGUUGCAUGUUGAAACUUAAUCACCCUUACUGAUUCUCAAUUCUCUCACCUUUGAAUGUAGUAAAGUAUCUUUCCUGCCAAUUGCUCCUUUUGGUCAGAGCUUAUUAACAUCUUUUCCAAUCUAAGGAAGGAAGAAAGGGAGAGAAGAAAGAGGGAGAUAUCAGUUCACAUACUUUUCUCCUCUUUAUCAUGAAUUCAUCUUAUGUUUCAGCCAUGCAAAUCUUUUUGCCAACAAAUUUCUGCAGAAUUUUUCCCCUUUUACACUAAUUCCAUGCAUGUUUGAACCUUCAAGACUCAGCCACAUAUUAUUUUUCUAAAAUCUUCCCUGAGUCUUCCAAGCAGUGAUUUGCCUUCUCCUAGACUUAACCUGCCAUUUUGUGCACAUUUUAAGUUACAAUUUCAUGUUGUUUUACAAUUCUGACCUGAGUCUGGGAAGCACACAAAGUGGACAAUAGUGUUUGUUGACUGAGAGUUGAAUGACGUUCUCUCUGUCCUGGUAUUACCAUAGAUUUUGAUCAUUCUUUGGUUACAUCUCUGCAUAUUUCUGUAUGCAUGACUUUAUCACUUUCUUCUCCCAUGCUUUCUUAUCUCGAUAAAUUAUCUCCAUCACUUUUAAAUUUUCCACCUUUGCUUCCCACUUUGUAAGAUCUCUCACUUUACUGACUAUAACAUAGAAGUGUAUUUUAUGUGUCUUAAGGACAAUACUUUAGAUUCCUUGUUCUAAGUUUUUAAACUGAAUGAAUAGAAUAUUAUUUUUCUCCCUAAGAAAAAUUUCACAAAAAAUUAUUUCUUAUGUUUAUGUAGCCUUAAAUUGUUUUGCACUGUAAACCUCAAUAUAAACUUUCUUCAUUUCUAAUUUCAUUCAACAGAUAUUGAUUGAGUACAAGAAAAGUGUGCUAAUAAGCCUUACGAGAAUUUGGAGCUGAAGAAAGACUAUAUAACUCAGGAAAGUUACAGUCCAGUAGUAGGUAUAAAUUACAGUGCCUGAUAAGUAGGCAUUUUCAUAUUUGUUGAGGGUAUGAAUUUUCUCAUACCUCAACAAAUACAAGAUAGGUGCAAAACAUUAUUUACAUAUAAUUUUACUGAUACACGUGUAGCACAAAGGUACUAACUUUAAAGUAAAUAUUAAAUUACACCUUUAUUUAGGUGUGUUAGUAAUUCAUUUGCAUUAAAUCUAUAUGUACAUUUAUUGAAAAAGCUUUCAAUAUCUUUUUCCCCACAAAUAUCAUUCCCAGAAAAGUAUUUUUAAAAUCUCCCAAAUAUAAUGGUUAUAGGAAAUCUACCUCUGUGAGAGUGACACCUCUCAAAAUGGACUGUGUGACAUAAGAAAAUGAAUGUAGGUCUGUCAAAAAAAAAACCCAAUAAACAAAAACAAUAUUAUUAGCCCUUUAUGCUUAAGAAAUGGACUCAGGGAAUAGUUAAUGUUGUGAUUGCUAUCUGAUUCUUGUUACUUUGAAUUAAACCAAUAUUUUGAUGAUACAAAUCAUUUUCCACCAGCAUAGAUUUAAUUUCCAUAAUAGCUUUAAAAUUUUAUAAUUCACUAAACUAUGAGGGAAUAGAUUGUGGUGGCCACGGGUUUGGCUUUUGUUAAGAAUGUUCGAUAUUUUUGAUGUUGAUCUCUGUCUGAAAUGUAGAUGUCUAAACACUAGGAUUUAAUAUUUAAGGCUAAGCUUAAAACAAAAAAAUCUUUUUUAAAAAAAUAGGGCUUUACCAAAUGGAAAAUAUCUACUUUCUAAAAGUUUUUCUCUACAAAGUCCUAUCUACUAAUGUCUCCAUUACUACUUAGUCAUCAUAACCGUUACCUUCAUUUCACAGGUCAUGUUCUUUCUGGUAGCUCUGAAGUGAAACCAAAUCUUAAGAAGACAAGUCACAUAUCAGGAAAUACUUGCAGGUUACUGAAAUAAAUUCUUGAGUUAAUGAAAAUAUUUUUCUUAAAAAGGUUUGAAAAGCCAUUUGAGUCUUAAGCAUUAUGCCUACAUUAUUGGUAGUUAUGUGACAGUUUUGUGUGUGUGUGUUUAAUAUUUAAAGAGAUGGCACUUUUUAACAAGGCAAUGCUAUACUAUUUUUUCCACAUUAAGAUAAUUUGUUGCUCUACAGAUGAUAUGGAAAUACGAUUAACAGUAUGGAUUUUACCAAAACUAUGCCUCGUAAGUAGCCAUGGCAGAUCAACCUGUAACUUCUAAAUUAUCCACAGCUAGUCAUGAGAUUGAAGAUGGACACUGUGGAGAGAGCUGAUAUAGGACUGUGCCCCCCUUCCCUGCCACUUACUAGCUAGAUGAGAUUAAGCAAGUCAUUUAACCUCUGAUUAAACCUGCCUUUGCCCAAUGCUUUGUAAUGAACAGAAAUGGAAACCAAAAAAUUUAUACCGGUGUUCAGAAAUAGUAGUUGCUGUUAUUUUGUUUUCAUUAAGCCAUAGUUCUGACUAUAAUCUUAUCAAACUAACAAGCUAUAUUCUAUAGUGAAACCAGGAUUCUAGAAAGUCUCAUUGCUUUAUUUGUGUCGCUAUGUGCUAUGAUAUAUUUGACUAAAUUCAUUUGAAAUUAGGGCUGGAAAUAUUCAAGUAAUUUCUGCUGAAAAAAUACAGUGUUUUGAGUUUAGGGCCUGUUUUAAGAUCUAAAGGGGCUAUUACUCUUUAAUUAUGAAUAUUUAAAAAUAAUGACCCUGAUUUUAAGAUUUUUAAGUGUCUUUUUAGAAUAGAGAGACUGACUAGAACACAGCCCCUCCAAAAACCCAUGCAUGCUCAAAUUAUUUUUACUAUAGCUAGCAAUUCCACAAAAGGGAACAGUGGGUCUAGAAAUCACAAUGAAGUCAUCAACCCAAAAAACAACAUUCCUAUUCCUAAGAAGGUUAUGAUAUAAAAUCCCACAAGAAAUCUGUUAUGUCUGCUUUGAUCUGUCUUGUAUUCCUUUGGUAGGAUGGCAAUUACAUUUUUAGCUUUUGCUGUGAAUACCUGAGCAAUUUCUCUCAUCCAUACUUACCCUUCACACAUCAGAAGUCAGGAUAGGAUAUGAAUCCUUUUAAAUAUUUUUACAACUCCAGAGCCUUGUGCGGAAGAAUCACUCAAAACUCACAAAAAUACGUAUUUUUUUCAAAUUUAAAGAUACUCUAUUUUUGUAUUCAAUAACUCAACAACUGUGGUCCCCACUAAUAAAGUGAGGUGGACAAGAAGACAACUCAAGUAAUGGCAUAACUUUCUUUUUCCCAAAGUAUGCCUGUUCAUUAGCCAUUGGAUGUGGGAAAUUUCUACAUCCCUUACAAUUUUACAGGAAAUACAUAGCCAGAUAGUCUAGCAAAAGUUUGCCAAGUCCUAAAUUGCUUAUCCUUGCUGCAGUAAGUCAUGAAAUGAUUUUAAUGAUAAGAAUAUCACCUAGGUUUUGUAGUUUUGUUUUUUUCUUAUGGUGAAGUGAAAAGAACAGUAUCUGUUUCUCCCUAGCAUCUGCUAUGUAAUAUACCAUUAUUCCACACUCUCUUGUCCUUAUCAAAUCCAAAAUUGAAUGAAAAGCAGUAAAAGAACUGACUACUCACCCAUAUUAUGAUACAAUCCAAACCAGAUUGGUCAACAUCCAUAAGAUGAAUCCAAGCUGAACUGGGUCUAGAUUAUUGAAUUCAGGUUGGAUCUCAUCCCUAUUUAUUUAUAAAAUCAGGAAAAAAGGUCUUACAGACCAGCUGCAGAUAAUAGAACAUACACUUUUAAAGUUAGGCCUGAAUCAAUGUGGCCUUAAAAACUAAAAAGCAGCAGCAUAGUUUUUUAGUAAUUUGUCCACCCUGUCCCUGAAGAAAAUUUAAGAAUUUGGGGGUGUUGGUAGUAAGUUAAACAUAACAGCUGUUCAUGGCAGAAAUGAUUUAAUACAUACAUUCUCUGAAUAUCCUAUAACCAAAGCAAAGAAAAACACCAAGGGGGCUUGUUCUCCUCCUUGAAGCUGACCGCAUUCCAAGGCAGAGCUCAGGUCACAUGCCCAGGGGCUGUGCCCAAGCUUGUCCACAGCCUUAUGCAGAUGUGGAGUCUGGAAGCCUGCUGCAGGACUGCUGGCUUAGUCCCAGAAUGUCAGCCUCAUUUUCGAUUUACUGGCUCUUGUUACUUUAUGUCAUGCUGACCUUAUUGUUAAACACAGGUUUGUUUGCUUUUUUCCCCACUCAUGGAGACAUGGGAGAGGCACUAUUUUUAAUCUGGUUGAAAGCUUUAAGUGAUAAAGCAUUUUUAGAGAAAUGUGAAUCAGGCAGCUAAGAAAGCACACUCUGUCCAUUACUUUAAAGAAAAUGUACAGAUUAUUAACUCUGCAGUGUGGCAUUAGUGUCCUGGUCAAUAUUUAGAUAGGUAUGAGUAAAAUAUUUAAAUGGUAUUGUAAAUAGUUUUCAGGAUAUACGCUAUAGCUUAUUUUUAUUAUCUUUGGAAAUUGCUCUUAAUACGUCAAAUACUGAUGUAUUCAAUUUAUCAGAUAUAAAUUAUUCUAAAUGAAGCUCAGUUAAAUGUUUUUGACUUGUCAGUUAUAUGUUAAGCUUCUGAUCUCUGUGAUGUUUACUGAUCUUUACUGUUAUGAAUUAUUUUAGACAGCAGUGGUUUUAAGCUUUUUGCUACUAAAAAUACCUUUUAUUUCCCUCCCCCAGAAAAGUUUAUACCUUGAAUUAUCUAUCCACCAAACUGUACUUCUAUUAAGAAAUAUUUUGUAUUCUUAAUGUUUUGUUAUUCAAAGACAUUAUCAGUGAAAGCUGCCGAGCAGCAUGAAUAACAAUUGUAUCUACACAGAUUUGAUGUAUCUUGUAUAGCCUUAACUUGAUAGUAUAAAAUUUCAUUGCUUUUUAAAUAAUAGCUAAAUAGUCAAUGGACUUCUUUCAUAGCUUUCCUAAAUUUGAUUAAGAUCCAGAAGUUUAGGGUCAUAAUAUAUUCCAUACAAUUAUCUUUUUUUAAGGGCUUUAAAAUUCAUAAGAACAACCAAAAAAAAGGUAUAUGGAGAGUUAAUACAAACAUACCGUAUUCUUGUUGAAACAGCAAUGUGGCUCUACUUCUUCUCCAUCAGGAAGAAAUACUAUCCAGAAUUUACCUAAACUAGUAAGCCCUGUAUUCGUUAUAAUUAGGGACAGGAAGAGAUUUUCACAUGGCAGACUAGAAUUCUUCGCAUUAGCCAAUAAAGUAUCUCCUUUUGAUCUUAGUAUUGUUUUUUAACUUUUCUGAGAUAUGCAUGUUUAUAUAAGAAAAACCACAAAGGUUUUUCUUAAAUUAAAACCUUUUUACUGAAAUUUGAAAGAAACAGAAGAAAAUAUCAAAGUUCUUUGUAUUUUUGAAGAAUUAAAUAUGAUUUACGAAAGUUACAUGGAGAGCUCUGUAAAACAUUAACUUAAAUUUUUUUUGUUGCAGUCUUACUUGAGGUAUCAUUUUAUUCCUCAGCAACUAGCUGUGAAGCCUUUAUUGUUUAUAUGCCAGUUACUCUGCCAGAUUGUGGAAUGACCAGUGUUCCUGCCUUCUCCGAGCUUAGAGUUGGAUGGGGAAUAAAGACAGGUAAAUAGAUACCUACAAUAUUGACUGUGAGUGCUAUGGUGGAAGAAGUAUGGGGAACUAUUGGAUCACCUAAGAGGAGCACCUAGCUUUAAUUUAGGGGUUAGCAGAGACAUCCUGAAAACAGACAAACUUAAGCCAUGAUCUACAAGCAGUUAAGGAAUUAGCAGAGCAUGCAGGGUUAGGAGAUGCCAAAGGCAAGAAGAGAAGAAGAGUAUUCCAAACAGGAGGGAUCCCAAAGAGAGAAGAGUAUCCUAAACAACAGAUGCACAAAUCUGAUGGGAGAGAGAAUGUGGAGUGGGGAUGGAUGAUGAGAUUGAAGAAGAAAGCCAGGUCCAGAUAAUCAGUGGCCUUGUACACCAUGUUAAAGGGUGUAGCCUUAUUUCUGUUGUAAACAGGAAAGCGGUACAAUUCAUGUGAAUAUUUUAGAAGACUCCCACUGGAAUAUGGAGAAUAAAGUUGGAGAUGACUAAUCCUGGAAGCAGGGAGAACAUUUUUGAGGAAGCUGCACUAUUGGUGAAAAUGAUGGCCAUAAACAUGAAGAGUUGUAGGUGAUCAUGACCUCCUCUCUAAUUUUCCAGAAGGUUUUUGGAAGAUACACUAUAGGAGCAUUGACAGAACUGAUGAAAGGAGAAAUACACCAUAUAAAUUGUCAAACACAAUGCCAGGCAUUUAAUUAUUUUGCCUAUGCUUAGAAAUUAUAAAUUUUUUAUCAAGAAAGAAAACAAAAACUAUGAAACUUAGUUUUACCUAGUCCCAGAAUUCUGUGUAUCCAAACGAUCUCUUCCACUCCACUUAUAUCCCUACCUUUGCAUGUCUGUCCAACCUCAAAGUCCAGGUCUAUACACACAGGUAAGACUAGAGCAGCUUGACGUUCAGAAAAUGAGAAAGAAAGGGGAACCAAGUUGUGCUGAACUCAUACAAAAUAAACACAUUCUUUAUAUAGAUGCGUGGAACCUCAAGAGGAAAGUAAUUCACCCAACUCAUAGGUAUUUGAUGGUAUGAAUCCAUGGCUGCGCUCGGCUUUAAAAAAUCUUAUCUGAGAUUCCCUCUAUGGAAGUAAGUUCCAUCAAAGCCCAUUUAAAAGACUACAUUAAAAAAAAUUCUUGCUGCACAGACAGUAUACAAAUUAUCAGCUACCACUAUCAAACAGUCAGAUCCCAUUAUCAAAUGAAAUUACAAAAUAGUAUACUCCCCCUAAAAAAGCUAAAUUCUUUGUGGAGUGUUGUGACUUCACGAGCCCUCCACAGCAUGGGAGCUGAUGAGGGAGCACUGGUGAGCAGUAGGUUGAAGAGAAAACCUGGCACUUAAGAAUCUACCCAUCUUUUUUGUGUGUAUAAGAGCCUUAUUUUUGGAUUACCUCAUUCAAUUUCCAUCAAGGGCUGGAUUUCCUUCUGGUUCUACUAACCAGACAGCAGCUGGGAAGGAAGCAACUUUCUAUGUACACAUGGUAGCUACAAGAUGGGGGUUUCUUUCUCUGUGUCUUCACUGGCUAUAUGCAGGUCUCUUGCUAUUUAUGCCUGGUCACAGAACCCAUUGCUGUCAUCUCAUAUUUAAGUCUUUAGCUUGUGAAUUUAUUCUUUCCACUUCAGCACUGCAGAGUGCUGGGACUUUGCUAACUUCUCUUCCUUGCCGGCUUGGCAGAUUCCUCAUUCCUCUUAGGCCCAGCUGUUUUCUCAUCUGGCUCUUUUUCCCAUCUGGCUUCUGCUGUGGAGCCACCUUGUCCCUUCAGGAGAGCCAUGCGUUACCACUGCCUGAUAAGCCUCCACUUAGCUACCACCAUGCUAAAUUUAAACUUCUCUAAGAUGUUGCAGACCUCACAGGCAAGCAUAAAGUCUUGAUUUUCCUGGACUCCCUUGUCUGGAUAUUCUGUUGUUCAUCUCACCUCCUUCAAGUUUCAGUCUCAAAAUACAGGCAUUUGACCUCUUUGCCCUACCUCUUCCUUAUUCUGAAUCAUGAGGGCCUCUCACUUCCUCUUGCUGUGUGCUGGAAACUUCUGUCAGGUCUUAGAAUGAGUUCUCCUCUAGUCCUAGUAGCUCUCAAUGCUUAAGUCCACCUUUUUAGGAUACCUUUGAGAUUUAGACCACUUGUUUCUCUUGAGAAACCCCUAAUUUCCAGACUUGCCUUUCUGUGGAUUUCAAAGACCAGUUGAGGAAGUCAGAAGCUUAAUGCUGACUUUCUUUGAACAUUUCUGCUAUAACAAUUCUAAUUCUCCUUAGAGCAAUAUGCCUGCCUCCAACUGAUGAGGAGAAAGGUCAGAUGCCAAACAGAAAACCAUAAAUAUUAAUUAUUUUAAUAAGCACAUAGUUUGAAAGUGCUUUUGGAAUUCAUAUGAGGUUUUCUGUCAAGGGAGUGAGACCCUUCAUCCUUCUGUGUGUGCCUGACAGUUCUCCUGGCACUGGCUGGUAACAGAUACAAAACUGUAAAAAUUAGGUGAUCGUGGAUUUUAACAAUAUUAUCACAUACUUACUUUCUAUGUAAUGUUUUAUACUCCCCCUAAAAUACUUUGACAGUUUUGCAUUUAGUAGAUAUUCACAUUUUUUUGUGUGUUAUAGUUGAUGAAAUCUUCAAUGUUAUCCACCCCGUUGCUUGUUAGCAAAACUAGUGUUAAUAUGUGGCAAGAGAUGCAGGGAACCUUUCUCAUGACUCACGCCCUAUUUAGUUCUUAUUGCUACUACCCUAUUUUGAAUAAAUAGUAGGUCACUAAGGACACUGUCCAGAGUUACACUUUUAAAGAUAUUUAGCCCCAUAUACUUCUUGAGUACUGAAGUCAUACACUCUGCUCCUCAUUUCUGAGUGGGAAAGACAACAUUUGGGAGUACAUUGGAAAUUGAUCUGAAUGUUUUUGCCAAGAAGGUGAUACUGUCCUUUCAACUGUGUAUGCCUGGGGCUGGGUCCCUGGCAGUGAUUGGGUGACAAUGCAAAGCUGUAAAAACUAGGUGCUAGUGGGCACCUAACAACAUUAUCAUAUACUUAUUUUCAAGCUAAUAUGCAAAAUAUAUCUCUUUUUAAACUGACGGUUGAUUUCAGAGAAAAUAUUUUGUGGUUCACAUAAGCAGUCUGCUCAGCUUGACAAGUGUUUUAUGUUAAACUGGCUGGUGGUUUGAAAUGAAUCAUUUUUACAUAAUGUUUUCUUUAAAAAUAUUGUGAAUUUAACUGUAAUUCUUAUUGUUAUUCUGUGUGAUAAUAAAGAAUAAACUAAUUUCUAUA